AUGAGGUCGAUCUUGAAAUCUCAUAAGCGCAACGACUCGUCUGCCUCUGAUCCGAGCUCUCAGUUAGAUCCACCAUUCACCAAGGCUUCUGUCACCAGAUCAAAUGGUCCUCCAAUCUUGCAUCAGACAGUCGAAAUGACCCCUCCAAUGAGUGCGUCCGGGUUUCAUCAACUGGCCAUGAGCUCCCCCAAAAAGCUCUUGACACCAAUCAAAAAGAUGUUUGGGCAUCAUUCGAAACCCACAGCUGCCCCACAAGCCACCGAGACUCUUCAGUCCCUAAUACUGGGUGAUCUUGAGCCUCCUAGGAGCCACAAGUUCUCCCGUCAAAAAAAAAAUCCCGUGACAGAUGCAACGGAAUCACACAAUUCAGACAGCUCUACUUCCCAACACCCAACGUUAUUGGCAACGCUGUCCACGUAUUCAAAUAGCGGUCUUCACCAGCCAGUCAAAAAUCUCACAAAACUCGACGACAAAGCAAUCCUUUGGCGUGACAAAAGCCAUGGCUCAUCAAAACCUGAUGAUUUGUGGUCAGGCUCUCAGGCUUCAGCCACAAUGCCGAUUAUCACACUCAACCCUUCAGAUGUCUCGAUUUCAACGUCUAAGAACAGCUUAAUUUUGUCUCCCGAUAAAGAUAACUCUUUCUCUAAAGCAGUCAAGGGGGAAGACUCAUCGGGAGCAGAGAAUGAUCUGAAGGACUCCGACGACUCAUCACAAUUUUCUUUCAUGAAAGAUAUCCGCGGCGGAAGAAAUACAUCUGUGAAGUACUAUAAGACCAAGCUCAAUACUGGUGCUGCUGACGGAAUCCUGCUGAACUAUUUUAAUAUUGAUGAUAUGAGAGUUGAUGCAGAAGCAUUUUCUGAUUACGAUUUCGAAAACAAUGGUCUUAGCGAUGAGAACGACUUUGAUGAUGGCUUCACAGAGAACAACAACAGGUAUGGAGAUUUUGUCUCGGAUUACACCACUAAUCGUGUAGUCCAAGACCCUGCGGCAAAUGAGUCCUUAUUAUUCAGAAGUCCAAUCAACAACUUAGCAAGAUCCCCGAGCACUGGCUGCUCGAUCGAAUAUGCUAAUGAACGCCUUGAAGAUUUGCCUCUAUCUCCUCGGCGGUCUCCCGGAUACGCUGGUGAUUUUUUCGACACCUACUUAGAGUCAAGGCUGCCGGUCAACAUUAUAGACUCAACGCAGAGCAGAGAUAAUCUUCAUCGCUCUGAUUCGAGCCAAAAUGGCAGCGAAGUCGGCUUGGGUUUGGGAAUUGCCUUACAAGAAAGUCAUUUGAACGAGUCUUCCAGUACACACUCUGGAAUGAAUAUCAUGGAUGCACUCAGAAAGUUGGAAGAUAGUACAUACCAUGACAAUACCGGAGUCCCUUCGCCCAGGGAAUCCAAAAGUGAACUUGGGAUAGAAACUACUGAUUUUCAGUGCAACAUGCUAGAACCCUCUGCGUCUGAGGUGACUGAAUAUCCAUCAAGUAAGUCAAGGGGCGAACAACGUAAGUCGGUGGCAGAAAUGAUGGCUAUUCUUGCAAGGUUGGACAAUCCGCCUGAGACUUACUCCCAGGUACCUAGAGAUACAAUUACAACUGCGGAAACGACUUGCCUACCUUCCGACCACAAGAAAAGAUAUUCAUGGUUUAGCAAUGAUGACUCCUUUGAGCAAAGCGAUAUUACUCAUCACCGAAUAUCAGGAGAUACAUAUGCAAAAGCUCCACUUGACGAUGACCUUCUUGAUGAAGUGAAUCUGGUUCCUGAAAAUUUCGACUUCGACAAAAUGCAGAAUCACCUUUUGGUUGCUUCCGAGGCCCCGGCAUUCUUAAGAUCAAAUUCUUACAGCAAAAAACCUCAAAAAAUAGUGACUGAUAAUAGCUAUCACGAAACAAAGAUUGACUUCCAAAACAAAGUCGUCACAUUCUACAGAUCUAAGAGUCUCGGGACAGAGCGGCAAAGAACACAAAUUCCUGCAAAAGCAGCCUCCCUCAGAUCUAUCACAUCGUUCAAUGAUGAAGACAUUAGCGAGGGCGAUGAAGAGGUUUAUUCCGAACCACAAGCCCUGAUAGAAACGCGACUUAAUUACCUCUCUCGUGAUACACCCGAUUUGCUCCCACAAAAGUCUGCAAGCCUUGAGCCAAUCAAUGAGUAUAACACAUCAAGAACAAGCUAG